ACCUCGGCCACAUAACAGAGGGACUUCUGCUUGCGUCUUAUGCAAAACGACUGUAUCCGCGUCCUUUACUUUCCAAAAAAUAAAUAUUUUUCUUCUUGAAGAGAUUACACCUUAUCCAAUUAUUGGUUGCAUUAGGAGAAGCCAAAUUUUCUUUGUGUCUCUGAGCUGUGUAUCGAGCUACAUCUCCUUCAAUGGCUUCCCUAUCAACCAGUUCUCUAAGCUUCAAAGCUCCCUCCAUACAAUCUACCAGAACUUCUCAGGUGUUAAGAAAACCCUUGAGUUUCCAGCCUAUCUCCUUUGGACGUUUUCAGUCUUCAAAGAACCUUCGUCUUCAGAUCAGUUGUGCUGCAAAACCAGAGACGGUGCAGAAAGUGAGUGACAUUGUCAGGGAACAAUUAGCUUUGUCUGCCGACACUGCUCUCACUGCCGAGUCCAAGUUCUCUGCUCUUGGCGCAGAUUCUCUCGACACCUUAAAUGCGCAUUCGCUGAUAUUAUGCGGGUUGGAUAUGGAUGCAGGUGGAGAUAGUGAUGGCUUUGGAGGAAAAGUUUAACAUAAGUGUGGAGGAAGCUGAUGCUCAAAACAUUACGACGAUUCAAGAGGCAGCUGAUUUGAUUGAGGAUCUUGCUCAGAAGAAACCUGCGGCUUAAGCUUCCUAAACUAUCCCGGUUUAACACAAACCGGCUGUCCUUUUUUUUUUCUCCUCCUUUCUGAGCUUUCUUGUUUUCAGAUCAUUUUAUUGUGGUUUAUUAGACCAUGUGUUAUUAUUUUUUGUUUUCUUCUUUUGGAAGUUGAGAUUGGAUGUUGAUGAUGAGAAAACUUUGGUACGUUGAGAUUGAUUCUUUGUGGUGAUUGGUCUUUUCAUGAAGCAUAUAUAAUGUGUCUUUUUUUCACAA